CAGCAGCGGGGUUGACACGUAUCUGAAGUUAAAGGUGCAAUGGAGGAGGCCUCGUCGGGGACCUGAGGGGUUCUUAUUCUUUAUCAUUCUUUUCCUUCAUAAUCUUCUGUGAACUGCGUCGGGGGGGGGGGGGGGCGGGGGAGGAACGUCUGGAAGGAAAAGUGUGGAAGGAGAGCGGGCGAGAAGACGUGGCCGUGAGCCACGGUCGGUUUGUCCGCUGCGGGAGUUUGGACGUGAAGUCAAGCAACGACAACAAACCUGAGCGGCGACUUUGAAGUUCCGGAAGAGAGUCGCACAAGUGGUGGAACGAAAACAAUGAACACAGAAGAAAGAAACAGCGAGUAACCUGCGGGUUUUUUUCCGGGUUUUUUUUCCUGCAUGGAAAUGUCUGGGAAGUAAAGGGGAGGAGGAGGAGGAGGAGGAGGGGUGGGCUGGGCUGGUUCAGUCUUCACCGGGAGGUACACCAAAAAGGAAAAACAGAAGUUGUGUCGGAAGUUUCCAGCCGCGGAGGCGACGGGGCUCUCGCGCGCAGACAGCGGGGAGGGCUGCGGGUCCACCAUGGGCAGCGGGGUGUGCUCCCGCAGGCAGCGCAGGAUCUUCCAGUGUCUGCUGCUGCUCACGGUCGUCUGCGGGGUCAUGUACGCGGGCAUGGUGUCCUUCGAGAUGCACAAGCAGCUGCGCAGGACGGAGGCGACGGCGCUGAAGUACCAGCAGCAUCAGGAGUCGCUGUCGGCUCAGCUCCAAGUGGUGUAUGAGCAUCGCUCCCGGUUGGAGAAGUCCCUGCAGAAGGAGAGGUUGGAGCACAAAAAGGCCAAAGAAGAUUAUCUGGUUUACAAACUUGAAGCACAACAGUCGCUGAACAAGGAGAAGCAAGACUCCAGCAGCAGAUUGAAUUCUCUACAAGUGCAACAUCAGAUGUUAAAGAACCAGCACGAUGACCUGAAGAAACAGUAUUACGAUCUGCACGAGCAGAACCAGGUGCAGGACAAGGACCACGGGCGGCUGCUGGACGAGCACCGGGAUCGCUACGAGAAGCUGCAGCAAGUCAAAGAGUUGGAGAUCUCCCAACUCAAAGAGAAUGCAUAUAACUUGAGAGAGGAAAAUAAACAGCUGAGGAAAGCCCAUCAUGACAUUCAUACACAGCUGCAGGAUGUACAGGUUCAGCAUCAGGACCUGAAGGUGGCCCACGACCACCUGGCACUGACACUAGAAGACCACAAGAGUGCGCUGGCUGUAGCUCAGGUGCAGGUGGAUGAGUACAAGCAGCUGAAGGAGUCCCUCAACAGGGUGCCCAACCCGAGACCGCCUGAGCAACACGCUGCUCCCCAGGAAGCGAAAGCUGCUGCUGUCAGAGCACCCGACUCCCACGUCCAUCAAGACCAGGAGUCUGCGAUACAUAAACAGGAGCCAGCCCAUGAAAAUCACCAGGGCAUGGUGGCCCAUCAAGUGGCGGAGGCGCACGCCCAGUCGCGCCCCACUGCAUCUCAACACGCCGUGUCUGAAAAAGAGGAGGAUGAGGGAGAAGGAGAGGCGGAGAGGAAGAGGGAGCUGGCGGAGGAGGAGAUGGCUCAAGCAGGGCAGCCUCAGAAGCUGGAGGAGGACCCUGACCAAGCCCAGGACGACGACGAGCAGCAGCAGCAGCAGCAGCAGCAGCAGGAGGAGGAGGAGGAGGGGGGAGAAGAGCCAGAGCAGGAACAGCCCGAUGAGAACGCACUGCAUCGACUGAGACAUCAGCCACAACCGGAUCCCCACACGGAGCUGCGCGAGGACGCCCAGCUGCAGCACCAGGCGCACGCCCAGGUGGAGCGCGUGAAGUCGGCCUACGAGCAGCAGCAGGAGCAGCAGCGUCUGGAGGCCCAGAGGUCGGAGGAGCGCCGUCAGAUCCAGGUGCGACAGGAGGCCCUGCGGGCCCAGAGGGAGAAGGUGCUGAAGGAGAGGGAGCAGAGGCUGAAGGCGGAGCAGGAGAAAGAGGUGCAGCACCACAGGGACGCCGACCGACGGGAGCAGCUGCUGAGAGAGGAGCACCUGAGGAAGAAGACGGAGUACGAGAACAUGGACAAUGAUAUCGUUCAAGGGGAAGAGGAGGGUCACACGGUAGAUGAACAAGAGAGAGAUGCCCAUAUGUUACACGAUGAGGAGGACAAAGAAAAAGCAGAUCACAGAGUGCCAACUCAUCAACGGGUGACUGGGGCUGUCGAUGGUGAACUGGACCCCGAGGACGACCCCAACAACCAGGGCGAGGAUGAGUUCGAGGAGGCCGAGGAUGAGCGGCCGCAGCACAGGGUCACAGGAGAGGAGGAGGAGGUGGUAGAGGAGGAAGAGGAGCCGGCAGCGCCAGCACAGCACAUAGACACACACACCGGCCCCAGGCAGCCUGCUGUGGAAGAGGAUCUGGUGAUGGCUGGAAACCCAGAUCAACAGGAAGACACGCUGGAUGACCAGUACAGGGAUGAGGUGGAGGACGAGGCCCAGGAGGACAUAGCUGGCGGGCAGAAGAGAGAGGACGAGGGGGAGGGGGAGGAGGAAGGAGAGGAUCCGUAUAACGAGGAGAACAUCGAUCAGGACGAAGAAAAAAACCACGACGGGCGGAGAAAGGAGGGGAUUCGCCGAAAAGACGCACAAGAGAACGAGGAUGAGAAUUACGAAGAGGAAGAAGAGGAGGUAGAGGAGGACACGGCUGGCAGAGACGAGGGAACCAACCGGAGGGCGGAGAUGUAGGACAGAGACGCAGACUUGAACCGGCUGCAGUGCCUUUCUCGGCGGCCCCCCGUCGAGCCCAUCAGGUCCGUGUUUCCCCUCGUUUCUCAGAGGAAUACAAGUAGCCAUUAACUCAGAAUCCCACUGAGGAAAUCUGGGAUUUGUUUUUUCAUGCCUGGAAGAUGGGAGGCGAUUCCAAACGCUGUGGGGUUGGAACUGAUCAGCUUACACUGCGGAAAUGGACAGAAUCUAUAGGAUGGAAAUUGGAUGUAUACUGUAUAGUCUUUGUCUAAUCACACGUCUGCCUGAUUUUUUUUUUUGAUUUUUUUAACCGCAAACAGACGGAGAAUGUAUUUUUUAUCAUGUGUAAGGAAACCAAAAUUAUGUUAUUUUAAUGUUCUCAUGCUCAUACAGUUCUGUAUGUUUUAGCUCAAACUUUAAUCUGCGUCUUGCAUUCCAAUCGAUCAUUUCCUGUUAUUUAUUGUUCGCAGUAACAAGUCAGACAAUCGUGAAAUGGUGCAACAUUUUUUUCUUCUUUUAAUUCGUUGAACUGGUUUUGUGUCACAGUGGCCUUUGCUCCUCGAAGCUGGAACAUUUUCUCUGGAUAUUUUUUCCCGCCAACGUCGGUCAAAGAGACAUUUCUCGGUGAAGCCAAUCUGUGUCACACUGAUAUGUGCCUUCUCCAUUCUUGGAAACGCUUCUGGGUCUUUUUACACUUUUACAUUUGGGAAAAAUCAUUUCACUAGGACACGAGAGGGAUAAUAGCCAGUUCGUGCUGAACCUUCAGCAUGGCCUUAAAGGAAGGGGGGUGGGGGGGGGGUGGAUUACAUGUCUACUGCUGGUGUGAAUUAAAUUCACAAAAUCUGAUGCAAUUUACUGCGACAUCUUUGGUCUACUGUACAAUGUAUAGUAAAAAAAAUGCUGACAAUUUGUACAUUUUAUCUUCUGCCAGUUAGAUUUGAUAUGAGGAAGUGGGAUUGUGAUUGUGUGAAUCACCUGAGUGGUGAGAGGAAUAAAGAGGCUGAAGGAUCUCA